AUGCGAGCGAUUCUUUGUCAGAGUUCAAGCUAUUCUCCUAAUGUACAUACAUGUAUGUACAAGUGCCAGUGAGCUGCAAGCAAUCUGUUGUAGUUGGAUCUCUUUUAAUAUGACGCCGCGAUUCUGGUUUGUCCCGAAUCCUGGGCCUUCUGAUGCGUUGACUUUUCUGUGCAUGCCUCAAUGAGAAGCUUUGUAUGAGUUUAAUGACUCCUAUAUCGGAUUUUGCACGGCUAUGUUCCAGCGGAUAACCCGAAGCAGGCAUGGGAUGCAAAUAUAUGUAUAUAUUAUAGCCAGGGGUUCCGACUCUGCUUCAGCCAUGUCGACUGCCGCUGAUUGGGGUGAGAUUCGCUGAAUCAUGAAGUCCCUGAGCAUCAUCGCCGUUCUAGGGUUGGCAAGCCUUGCUCCUUUUCUCGCUUCGGCCGCUUCGGAUGCUACCUGUUCAGAGUCUCGACCGUGCAAACAAGGCUGCUGUAGUAAAUACGGGAGUUGCGGGUUCGGACCUGAAUUUUGUUCCCCAAAGACAUGUGUGUCGACGUGCGAUGCUAAGUCGGAAUGUGGCAAAUACGCACCCAAGGGACAAGAAAAAUGUCCUCUCAAUGUUUGUUGCUCACGGUUUGGUUUCUGCGGUCCCACUGAAAGUUUCUGCGGGAAGGGAUGUCAGAAUGGGUGCGGCGAAAUAAAAAGGCCUUCAUGCUCGGGAACCUCUACAAGGGCGCGAUAUAUCGGCUAUUUCGAGAGUUGGAACUAUGAUCGUAUUUGUGAUAUGCUCCAUCCGUCAAAAAUCAAUACCAAGCCUUGGACACAUCUUAAUUAUGGGUUUGCUCAGAUCAACCAAGAGGACUACACGCUAACUACAAUGCACUCCUAUGACAAAGAAUUCUACCACCUUUUUACAGACUUAAAAAAACAAAAGCCCUCUUUGAAAUGCUUUAUAUCCAUUGGGGGAUGGGAUGCCGGUAGCAAGAUCUUUUCUGAUAUGGCGAAAAGCGAGGGUUCGCGAAAGGCGUUUAUUGACUCGGUUAUUGAGUUCAUGGAGGAAUACGGCUUCGAUGGAGUUGAUAUCGACUGGGAAUACCCAGUAGCUGAUGAUCGGGGUGGCUCAAAAGAAGAUUUUAAAACAUAUGUCCAACUUCUAAAGGAGCUGAGGGCUGCUGCCGAGGACAAGUACGAGAUAACCGUGGCACUUCCGGCUUCGUAUUGGUACUUGAGAGGAUUUGAUCUUAAACGCAUGUCAAAAUAUGUCGACUGGUUUAAUGUGAUGACAUAUGACAUCCACGGCACCUGGGAUGGCAACAACAAAUGGACGCAGGAAGUCAUCAACCCUCAUACAAACCUGACUGAAAUAUCGUUAGGACUAGAUCUUUUAUGGCGCAAUUCUGUCCCUCCCGAAAAGGUUUCUCUGGGUCUUGCAUUUUACGGCAGGUCAUUCACACUGGCGGAUCCUAGUUGCUCUACUCCGGGUUGCCCUUUUAAAAGGUUUGGUGACGAGACAUCCGGGGGCGCUUUGCCAGGAUUAUGUACUCUGAACAGCGGUACGCUGUCAGACUAUGAAAUCGAUAGGGUUCUGAAGGAGAAAUCCCCAGACGUUUUCUAUGACCAAGAAUCUGGAGUCAAUUGGAUUACGUGGGAUAAUGAUCAGUGGGUUUCAUACGACGAUGGCAGAACAUUGAAGCAGAAGGCAGAUUUCGGAAACAAGUUGUGCUUGGCGGGCACCUUCGCCUGGGCCAUUGAUCUUGGAGGCCCUGGCACACUGAAGAAUCCUAAUGAUUUGACCGCCGACGAUACUCUCCGCGGGGCCGACCCGCAGGGUGGAGAUGGCGGUUCUAGCGAAGUCUAUAUCUCUCCAGAGAUUUUCAAGAAAAAAGAUCCGCGCAUCGCAUGUGUGCCCCCGUGUACCUUUAUUAUGCCUCCAAUCUCUCUGGCUAGUCCCUCUACAAUCACCCUUCCUCUAUAUACAACAUCUUUGGAAGUGGCAUGGCCAACCACACAGUUGGUUACGCUUCCCGGAGGUUCGGUAUUAACUUCCACUGGCCUAGCAAGGACAAUCCAAACGACGACACUUACGAUCCCUCCUAUUACGACCUCAGAGAUCAGCCUAUGGAAUUGGAAGGUUACCGAUCCCGAUGCCUCAAGUUCCAGAUAUACUCCCAUAAGCAGCAUCCUUCCCCCUCCGUUUGUUAUUACGGAGAAACUUCCGGAAGGCUGGGUGCAGGGCAAUCCUCCGAAACCAACGCCGGGCGAUGGGAACCCUGGGGUGAUAAUCAGUAACGGGAGUGAUUCGAAAUCCGGAUCUGAUGAUCACGAUAUCUCUGGGCACGAUAGGCAGAGUAAUCCCCCCGAGGCAACCGGCGGGACAGGACAUUCGGCGCCAGAAUCGGCUGCACCCGAUCCCACCGGGGCUGGCAGAGGAAUUAAUUCGCUUGAUGGUAAAAAGGGGAACCCGAAUAGAGGGAAAAAUUCUCAGCCGGCAACAGCAGAUACAGGACGGCCAACACGUGGAUUUGAUGACAGCCGCCACGGCCGGACAACUAAAGGGCAUGAAAAUGACCAUGUAAUAACAGUUGUCAGCGGUGAUUCGAUACUUAAUUCCCAUUUUCCUGCUAGCACAACAAACUCACCUAUGACUACCCGGACAAUUACUCCGCCACCGUUUCCUUACACCACAGGUACCGAGGAGGACAACGACGAUGAUGACGAUGACGACAACAAGAUAAUAUUGCCCGUUGUUACCUUUACUAAAGGCCCCCCUGAUCCACUCUGCACAGCAAAUUGUGGAAAGAAGUGUGAAGGCCCAUUUUGCGAUGAACCCUGUGAGCACAACUGCGGCGAUGGAGAAGACUUCUUUUCCGAGAAUGAAAGGACAAAACCUAAAAAUACUCAAAAGUGCAGAGGCCCAGACUGCAAGAAUGGCAAGUGCACGGGCUUAUUAUGUAUCAAUUUCGGCUGCAUCGGGCUUGAUUGCCUCGACGGUAUGUGCUGGGGUCCUAAGUGCGUCAUCACUUGGUGCGGUGGGCUCAAGUGCAUUCCAAAACUUGAUGGCUGUAGUGGUGACGGAUGUAAACCCAGUGGGUGUCUCGGGUUGCACUGCAACGGCAGAACAGGCCGAUGCUUUGGUCCGAAAUGUAUUGGCUUUGGCUGUGAUGGGCCCGAUUGCGAUAAUGGGAGUUGCAAGGGUCCAAGAUGCUGGCCCCUUACGUGCGAAGGAGAGGGCUGCCAGUCGGGAUUCUGCACUGGAUCGAAAUGUGAGACAGGAAAGGGCGGUUGUGACGAAGCGAGAACCGCUCGUCGAUGUACAGAACUUGUUUCCAAGAUCCAGACAAGAUCGGACAAAACUGAGUACUUUACCACCACCAACACCAGGUGCCACACGGUCACUGCAUGCUCCGUCCAACCCACAACUAUCACUACCACAACUACCAUGGCAAAGCUUCCCGUAUAUACCGGCGUGGGGGUAACAAUGACACCACCAGACACCAAUGAACAUUAUAUGGCCCUGGCACAAUAUCUUGUGUAUAAAAUACACAGCCGAGAUGCCACCCGAAUGUUCUAUAUUCCAGAGGUAGCCACACCAACAACUACCGCGAAACCAAAGAAAUCUCCCCCCCCCGCAGAGUUAAAAUGUUUUGGCUCGGGCAGCACUUCUCAUCGCGCGGAUAUGAUCCGUGCGAUAGAAAGCUUUUGUAAUGAAAACAAGGGUCGGAUGAUUAGAAAGGAAGACGGUAAAAUUAUAGACUACUAUGGCUCGAGGUGUUUCGGUCCUGGGGCAUGUUUUGUUGAGGUCAACAUUUCCGUGGAGUUAAUCAAUGACUGUGACCCAUUCGAACUCGAUGGGGGAAGCCCAGGAGAUUUGUGCGGUCACUCGUUCAGACAACCUGUUGAUGAGUGUGAUACCAGGGGGACAAGUUUCAAAUACGGUGGUGUAUUAACGACUGAUUGCGCUCGCUGGAUAAUAGACCCUGGCUUUAACGCACCCGGAGGCCCAAAGGCUAAAUAUCCUCUGUUGAACGGCACUGGCAUUGCAAAUACCACUAUGACAAACCACACUGCAUCCUGGGCAAAAUUCAAUUCUAGUUCGGUUUAUCCUGCCCCAACUAGACCGACGCGGCUAUGAGUCGAGUCGAUGUGAGCAAAAGGUUCAGCUAAAUUGCUUGGACAAUAGGGCUUUUGUGGUUUCAAAACAAGGUGAAUAAAUAUCAAGUGCCUCUUAUCUAUUUUUAUUUAUUUAAUUUCUAUUUAUUUUUUUUAUUAUUGUUCUUCUAAAUGUAAGCCGUACAGGUAAUGAAAAUCAUAAUAAAUAAAUAAAUAAAAGUAUGGUAGGGCAAUUUCACCUCUUCAGUUGACAUUCUCUCUUGCAUCACUUACAGAAUCAUCAGUGAAAUUGAAAGAGUGAACGUGAACCGGCGGGAGAUACUAGUAACUAGCCAAUUUCCUGAAUCCUCAAACAAUUGGCUUCUCAAUCCAUGUUCCAUCUUGAACCUUCCUGGGCGACUUGGAAAUUAGCCUCAAUAGUUUGAGCAACUAUUCUCCAUGGGUUGUGGAAUUCACUCUUGGAUCGAGAACAGGCGCCAAAAGCAUUGAGCCGAGGGUAGGUAGUCCCUGAUAAUAGGGUAAGAAGAUUGGGAGCACAACCACAGAGCUUUUAGGCUUUUAAAAUCAUGAACUGCCUGUCUGGAGAUAAUGUACAUACCAGACCAAGGCCUUGAGUUGUUGAGGGGAUACAUCUCAAUUGUCUCCCAUAUCAUAUCAUAUACACCUGAGAAGAUUGCAACAUUGGCCAGAAUUAUCCAUGCAAGAAGUGUGUGAAGCAAUAUUUGGUGCAUGUUUGUUCAGAUUCACCAAGAAUGUUCACAUGCCAUGUAAGAUCAAGUUCAACACCUAGAGAAUCUUUUCCAUGACUGGAAUCUAGCUGACCCAUGAUUUUGAAGUCCGAAUAUUGCUGUGCCUAACUCUGUGCAGCAAACAGAGCAGGUCUCGGAUUCGUUUGAGUGAUUAACCGUAGAUGGCUCCGGGACCGGCUGUGUUGGGAGCUCGCACUCGCAAACGAAUGUAUACAAUGAUGUUUACCACUGAUGGUGCUACUUUCUGAUCCAUCGCAGGUAAUAAGGUUGACUCUGAGUUUCUCAGAGGAAAUCGAGGAGGAAAUCGUACAGUUCUUCCAAAAUUAUGAUUAGGUUGUUUAGCCUUCACAGUUGAGAACCUCCGCGUAUUUGGAUAAAGUAUGACUUAUUCAUGCAAAGACCCUCGUCUGUGGGGGUGAUGCGGAUUUAGAUCUUGUUUGGAAUGACGUGUGUGAGCUUCUAUUCUUCCGGCUAUCUCCCAGCUGGAAUUCAUGAAAAAAACUAGAAAAAGUGAGGCUAGAC